AGUAGCAAUCGGAGCACGGCAUGCUCUGCACAACACCUGAUGCUGCUCAGCAUCUUCUUUUUUAAAACCAAAAUAGUUCCACACCACCGACGUGCUGUUCCUCUUCGAUAUUAAAGUAUCAGCUGUGUCAGUUUCUGACUGUUCCGUCGAGCAAGAGGCCAUUGCGCUGGACAGCAUGAAAAGUCGCGUCACGUGACCACCUCAAAUCGCGCACGUUGCGAUUAGAAAAUCGCGUUCAGUCAAAUCGCGAUAUUAUCGCGAAUGCAAUUAAUCGUUCAGCCCUACUUAAAAGCCUAUAGUUGUGAUAUUCAAUCGAAUAGGCUACAUUUUGGAAGCCUUCCGACUCGCGAUGGCCGGGUGUUCGAGCUAAUGCGCGUCACAACGUGUUUUGAGGAAAAAGGUCAUGAACUCUGAACCUGCAGCAAACGACAGAAAAAGAACAUUAAUUUAUGACCUAUACAACACACAAUCCGAGUAAAAAAAAGCACAGUAGGUAAAACAACUGGAUUGUGCGUGAAAAGCUGCCAUGAAACAACGCGUUGGUCAACUCUCAUGCAUCACCCAAGGAAGAAUACAUUUGCCAAGCCAGCAGCAGCCCGAGGGGAAGCUGCCAUUAGCUAACGUAGCUAGUUCGUAGGCUUAACUAACGAUUCCGGACCAAGAGUGCACCAAAACCGGCAAUUUUGAUGUGCCUCAUGGGGCUUUGAUGUGAGCAGCAGCAGAAGGAAACAGAAUCAGCAUCAUGGACGGACAGACUCAGAGGAUUCAGCUGGUGUCAGCUGAUGGUGGCAUGAUGGGACACCGAAUCCAGAUUGUGACAGACCAGUCCACGGGCCAGAAGAUCCAGAUCGUCACUGCAUUGGAGCAGGGUUCUGGUGGGAAGCAGCAGUUUAUCCUGGCUAACGCAGAUUACUCCACGGCAGGCAAGGUAAUCCUAGCCAAACAAGAGGCCUCGUCCCCGGGCAAGGUGAUCCUGGCGGCCCCAGACGGUUCAGGGGUCAACCAGCUGCUGUUUGCCUCCCCUGACCUGGCCGGCCAGCAGAUCCAGUUUGUGACGGAAGGGUCAGACCAGGCCCUUUCCAAGCCCGUGGUGGAGUACUGUGUGGUGUGUGGAGACAAGGCCUCAGGACGUCACUACGGGGCGGUGAGCUGUGAGGGCUGUAAGGGUUUCUUCAAGCGCAGCAUCAGGAAGAACCUGGUUUAUACAUGCAGGGGGUCCGGAGAGUGUGUCAUCAACAAGCACCACAGGAACCGCUGCCAGUACUGCAGACUGCAGCGCUGCAUGGUCCUGGGAAUGAAACAGGACUCCGUUCAGUGUGAGAGGAAGCCGGUGGAGGUAUCCAGAGAGAAGUCUAUCAACUGUGCUGCGUCUACAGAGAAGAUCUACAUCAGGAAGAACCUGUGUAGUCCUCUGGCUGCCACGCCCACCUUCGUCACCGACAAGGAAACCGCCAGGUACUACAAGGAAACCGCCAGGUACUACAAGGAAACCGCAAGGUCAACUAGUUUGCUGGAGUCGAGCAUGCUCCUCAACAUCCAGCAGCCAUUCCCCAAGCUGGAGAACACCAUCCUGGUCCCCACAUCCCCUGAAUCGAAUGACCCGUGUCAGGGCGACCUGAGCACGCUGGCCAACGUGGUGACAUCACUGGCUCACCUGAACAAGGCCCGGGAGAUGAACGACAUUACCGACGGCAAUGACCUAAUGGGUGUGGACGACCCCCUUAGCAACGGAGACAGCUCAAUGACGGAUCUCCAAGGAGAUGAACAGACCGCCAGUGACAUUACGCGAGCGUUUGACACCCUGGCCAAGGCCUUGAACCCUGGUGAUGGCUCAGCGGGAGACUCUCUGGAGGCCACGUUGCAGUUGAUGUCAGGGGACCAGUCGGGCCCCGUGGUGGAGCUGGAGGGGCCCCUUCUUUCAGACAGCCACGUCCCCUUCAAGUUGAUGAUGCCUUUGCCAAUGCCUGAGUACCUAAACGUGAACUACAUCUGUGAGUCGGCCUCGAGGCUCCUCUUCCUGUCCAUGCACUGGGCGCGCUCCAUACCUGCCUUCCAAGCCUUGGGUGGUCUGGAUAAUGACAUUAACCUAAUGAAAGCUUGUUGGAACGAGCUGUUUGCUCUGGGCCUGGCUCAGUGCUCCAACGUUAUGAACGUCGCCACCAUCCUGGCUGCCAUCAUCAACCACCUGCAGACCAGCCUACACGAAGGUACAGGAGAGAAGCUGUCCCCAGAGCGAGUGAAGCUGGUGAUGGAACACAUCUGGAGGAUGCAGGAGUUCUGUAACAGCAUGGUUAAACUGUCCCCUGACACAUAUGAAUACGCCUACCUCAAAGCCAUCGUCCUCUUCAGCCCUGACCACCCAGGCAUUGACAACACCUUACAGAUAGAGCGGUUCCAGGAGAAGGCUUACAUGGAGCUACAGGACUAUGUUACCAGGACCUACCCAGAAGACUCCUAUCGGUUAUCCAAGCUGCUGCUGCGUCUCCCGGCCCUGCGGCUGAUGAAUGCAGCGGUGACAGAGGAGCUGUUCUUCGCUGGCCUCAUCGGCAACGUGCAGAUAGACAGCAUCAUCCCUUACAUCCUCAAGAUGGAGUCCACGGACUACAACAGCCAGGUGGCCACUGGCGUCUGACCUUUGACCUGACCCACUCCGACCUGGUCGCCACAGCAGCCAGAAGCAUCACCUGGUCACCGUGGCAACAUCACCUGCAGGCCAACUGUAGGGCUGUAGGUGAACGUCCAAUGAAAUGUUAACGUUCUGGGUAAAACUGCAGGGUCGUGUUCAUUAGGGCGCACUGUUAGCAAAACGUUUUGCAUCGA